AUGAAUCUAUUGUGGCUAAUUCUGGCUGUAAAACUGGAAUUUAGUUUGGCCAAGACACAUCAAUUUAAUUUUACUGCUGGAUGGGUUAAUGCCAAUCCAGAUGGUGUCACUGAGAGGCAGAUGAUUGGAUUUAAUGGUGUGUGGCCUAUACCUGAUAUACAUGUCAAUAAGGGUGACCGUGUUGAGCUUUAUUUGACAAAUAAAUUGGGGGAAGGUAUUGGGACGAGUUUGCAUUUCCAUGGAUUGUUUAUGAACAGUAGUUAUGGAAACGCAAACCAAGCAGAUGGUCCUGAGAUGGUCACUCAAUGUCCUAUCAUGAAUGGAGAUAUGUAUCUUUACAAUUUCACCGUUCCAAAUCAAGCCGGUACUUAUUGGUACCAUGCACAUUCUGGUAGUCAAUACGGUGACGGUAUGAGGGCUGCGUUUAUAAUCCAUGACGAAGAUGAACCUUUUGAGUACGAUGACGAGAUGGUGAUCAGUUUGGCUGAUUUAUACGUUGAUCAUUCAUAUGACUUGACAAGGAAAUUCCUUUCCAGAUUUAAUCCCACAGGUGCAGAACCUAUUCCAAGUAAUAUUUUGUUUAAUAAUACCAUGAAUGCCACAUUAAAUUUUGAGCCAGAAAAGACUUAUUUACUUAGAUUUAUCAACAUGGGGUUAUUUGUCUCACAAUUUAUUGCUAUUGAGGACCAUGAAAUGACAAUUGUGGAGAUUGACGGUGUCUUUAUCAAACCAAAUUCAACGGAUUUACUUUCGAUAGCUUCAGGUCAACGUAUCUCUGUUUUAGUAAAAGCAAAGAAAGAAGAUCCAGGAAGGAAUUUUGCUAUAAUGCAAAUGAUGGAUGUUAAUAUGUUAGAUGUUGUACCAGAGGAUUUGGUUCUUAACAGAACUAAUUAUAUAUCUUACAAUGAGGAUUACUCAAAACCUAAAGCCUUUACUGUUCCAGAUUUUAAAUCAGCCACUAAUGACUUUUACUUGAGACCGAUCGACGAAAUAGAACUGUUGGAUAAAUACGAUGUGCAGAUACAGUUUGACGUCAGAAUGGAUAAUCUAGGAGACGGUGUGAAUUAUGCAUUUUUUAAUAACAUUUCCUAUACUAGUCCAAAAAUUCCAACAUUAACAACAUUAUUAACUUCUGGUGAACUCGGUUCGAACCCUCUUAUCUAUGGUGACAAUAUAAAUGCACAUGUGUUGAAAGGUGGGGAAAUUAUUGAAGUAGUUCUGAAUAACUAUGAUCCAGGUAGACAUCCAUUCCAUUUACAUGGUCAUAAUUUCCAAAUUGUUCAAAAAUCUGGUGCUUAUCGUGAAGACAAAGAUUAUCCCCCAGAGGAACAAGAUUCAAUUACUAUCCCAUAUAAUGAGAGCUUCCCAUUAAUGCCAAUGCCAGAUUAUCCUAUGAUUAGAGACACAGUUGUUCUGGAGCCAAAUGGGCAUGUUGUCAUUAGAUUCAGAGCUGAUAAUCCUGGUGUCUGGCUGUUCCAUUGCCAUGUUAACUGGCAUGUCGAACAAGGUUUGGCUGCAGUUUUCAUUGAAGAUCCUCUUGUUCUACAAGAAAGGGAACAAUUGUCAGAUAAUUACCGCCAAAUAUGUUCCCAUGGGGGCUUCAUUAACGAAGGUAAUGCAGCAGGUCAUUCAGAUGAUUGGUUUAAUAUGGAUGAUUUGCCAAGACAAAAGAAUUCACUACCUGAUGGUUUCCAGCUGAAAGGUUACAUUGCAUUUUUUAUUUCAACGGUUAUUGGUUUAUUUGGUCUUUAUACCAUAACCCAGUAUGGAUUGCAAGAUUCCAUUCCUAAUGACCAAGAAGUUUAUUCAAGAUUAAAAUCAAUCCUAGAAGAAAAUAAUCUCAAUGAAUAA